AGAACGUCGCGGCGUUGCGCGAAGACAGAACAGAAACGCUCGGCUUGACGACGCGGGCGGGGGGGCGGAUCAACAGCAACUUCAGAGGGGACAUGACUGAGAGCGCAGGGGCGCGCAAUGAAGCACCGUCGGCCCUCCGCCGAGGCGUGGGCAAUAAAGUCACCGUGGUGCUCGGAGCUCAGUGGGGAGACGAAGGCAAGGGCAAAGUGGUCGACUUGUUGGCCCAGGAGGCGGACAUCGUGUGCAGAUGUCAGGGUGGGAACAAUGCUGGUCAUACUGUAGUAGUAGACUCUGUGGAAUAUGAUUUUCAUCUUUUACCCAGUGGAAUCAUUAAUCCUAAAGUUACAGCAUUUAUUGGCAAUGGUGUAGUAAUUCAUCUUCCAGGCCUUUUCGAAGAGGCAGAAAAAAACUUGAAGAAGGGUAAAGGUCUGGAAGGUUGGGAAAAGAGACUUAUUAUUUCAGACAGAGCUCAUAUUGUGUUUGAUUUUCAUCAAGAAGUUGAUAGUGUCCAGGAGCAACAGAGGCAACAGCAAGCAGGGAAAAAUUUGGGUACAACGAAAAAAGGGAUUGGUCCCGUAUAUUCUGCGAAAGCUGCUCGAAGUGGAUUGAGAAUAUGUGACCUUUUGUCUGACUUUGAAACUUUUGCUGAGAGGUUUAAGGUUCUCGCUAAAGAAUAUAAGUCUAUGUAUCCAACACUUGAGGUUGAUGUUGAAGGAGAACUGUCAAAACUAAAGGUAUAUGUUGAACGAGUAAAGCCUAUGGUAAAAGAUGGAGUAUAUUUCAUGUAUGAAGCCUUGCAUGGACCUCCAAAAAAUAUUCUGGUUGAAGGUGCAAAUGCUGCGCUUCUUGAUAUAGACUUUGGAACAUACCCAUUUGUGACUUCUUCAAACUGCACAGUUGGGGGUGUUUGUACCGGUUUGGGAAUGCCUCCUCAGAAUGUUGGAGAGGUAUAUGGAGUAGUCAAGGCAUACACCACACGAGUUGGAAUUGGUGCCUUCCCUUCUGAACAGAAGAAUGAGAUUGGUGAUAUACUGCAAAGCCGAGGCAAAGAAGUUGGGGUGACCACAGGACGGAAGAGAAGAUGUGGCUGGCUGGACCUUGUUUUAUUGAAGUAUGCCCACAUGAUUAAUGGAUUUACUGCCUUAGCUUUAACAAAGCUGGACAUUCUGGAUGUAUUUCAGGAAAUAAAGGUUGGAGUUGCCUACAGACUGAACAAUGAAUUAAUACCUUAUUUUCCAGCUAAUCAAGAGAUCUUAAAUAAAGUAGAAGUGGAGUAUGUUACGCUUCCUGGAUGGAAUACUGAUACGUCCAGUGCUAGGACAUUUGAGGAGCUGCCAGAAAAUGCUCAAAAAUAUGUUCAGUUUAUAGAAGAACACCUUGAUGUGCCUGUAAAGUGGAUUGGAGUUGGCAAGUCUCGUGAGUCAAUGAUUCAACGGUUUUAAGAAUGGCACCAGCUUUGGAAAGUCGUGCACAUGCAAAAAAUCAUCAUCACCUUGCCUGUUCAUAAUCCUCGGAGAGGGGCAGGAAUACAGAAAUGACACUUGCAUGUAUGCACACACCUGUGAAUGUUAUGCUUUUUAGUGUUGUUCUGCAAUGGCAUCAUAGUGCAAUACUGGUGCUUUGUGGGAUGCAGGAAGCUAGCAUCCAAUCAAACUACCCCACCUACUGAAACCCACUUCCCCCAUUUAUUUUGUCAAUGCAUGCUACCUACUUCUAUCCAGUGUCUCUGUACUUUGAUUUCUGACACAGGUAUGUGCUGCUUUUAAUGUAAUGAUUUCAAGAAAAGCUUUUAUUGUACAUGUUAAAAUGCCAAACUUCAUAAAUCUGAAAAUAUAUUUUAUGCAGGUGUAUUUUUGUUUUGAACCCCCACUGUUUCUUCUUGGGGGAUUUCAGAUUUCUAUCCCCCCAAAUAUUUCAAGUGAAUGUGCUAGAUUUCACAGGAUGUGCUGCAGCCUUUACUAAAAUACACUUCUUUUGUUUUGCUUUACAUAAGAUUUCCACUGCAAGUUAAAAUAUUCUGGAGCUUAAACAUUUAGAAGCAAAAAAUAAAUGCACAAAUCUGAACCUAUUUUUAGAUACAUGAUUAACUGAUCUUCUUGUGGCUGAUUUUGCCUUUUUGCUGCACAUAUAUUUUCAAAAUAUGGUGCCAUAAAUAAUUGCUGACCUUUAACGAUUCCAAAUACAGGCAAAAAAUGCUCAUGUUGUAAACAGCAGAGACUUUAUUCCAAAGUGGCCGCUGUGUUCCAGUAGACAUUUGUGACAGCUGUUUGUUUCAAACAGCAAGCCAUAUGGCAACAAAAUAUUUUGAAAAAAUAGAGAGAUAUUAGAGACACAUUAUUAACUUUCAGCAGAUGACUCCUUUUUGUAAAAUAUGUGGUGUUUAACUACAACAUUGUGUUUCGGUUUGCCCUUAGUAAUAAAUUGAUGAGCUACUUUGUUUGGCUGUAUGCGAACAUAAAGAAUGCCUUAAAAUGAACUCUUAAUUUUAAUCCCUGAGUUUAUUUCUGAUUUAUACUGUAAGGUUCAUUUAUGUAUAUUUUUAUAACACUUUUCUCAGCAUUUUCAUUCAAGGAUCUUAGGCCAUUUUCAAUUCAUAAUGUUUCAUUAAUUUUAAUAUGUGUACUAAUUUAACACUUGAAUAGUCAUGCAAAUAUUUUGUUAUCAUAGCAAUAUUUAUAUUGGUUUUUUUUCAUCCAUUGCACCUUCAGAAGGUAGCAUAUAAUGUAUUUGUACACUUCCAUUUCUAAAACAGGGAAAGACAAAAGCAUGAUUUAUAUUCAGUGACAAUAUCAGCUUUAAACAAAGCAUGCUGUUCUGUAUGUUUUUGUUUUAUGUCAAAGAUUUAAAUACUUUCAAGAAUAAAAAUGUUCAGCUCAACAUAUCCAUAUUUUUUUAAGUAAGCAGUUUCAAAAAAGGUGGAAAGGGCACAGUGGUUCAGUAAUAAUCGAACGUCUUCUUUAUUACACUCGGCACCAGUACAUAAACUCCUAUUGUAGUGUUGGUAACAGUUUCCUCAUUUUGAACAUACCAUACAUAUUCUAUUCUUUUACACACUUUUACUUUGCCCUCAUGCUGCUAAAUAAAACUGUUCAUCUGACUCUUUGCUUUUAAAGAGAAAUAUAAUUAAUUUAAUAAAUUAUAUGUUAAAAUAUUUUUACAAUUUCAAUUAUUCCGUUAUAUCAUGCAGCUGCCCCCUUCCCCAGGCUUUAGUGUAGUUUUGCACAUGAACUUGUCAUGAGUACUGUGUUUCUGUUUUCCUUUUGUACGGUAAUCUUAUCAGUUGUUUUAGCAAAUGUUUUCUGAGUUCUUGCACUGUAUAAGCUGGUGGUGUAAAAUUUUUAAUAAGCCUACAGUAUGUGAGGUGAUGGGGAAGGAAUGCAUGUGUUUUCCUUAUACAGUGUACAGCAGUUGGACAUCUUUCUAACUUAUGGAAAAAUGUUGAGAUAUUUUAAGUAAAGAGUGAGAGUUUUAAUAAAAAUACAAUCUUUGAAAGCACUGAAAAUUGCAAAUAAAAAUAUCUUAAACAUUC